UUUUUACAUUAUCUUCAUGGUUUCUCUUACUUUUUUCUGUUCUAAAUCUCCAUAUAUAUAUGUAUGAAAUUUAUCUACUUUCAUAAUCAGAUUUGGAUAAAAAGAUUUUUCCAAAUGUUGUUGGGUUUUUUUCUUCCUUUUUAAAGCUGUUUUUUUAGAUGUGUUACAGUCAUGAUUGUUCUUGUUGUUUACACCUACUAGGUAACAUAUGGCUUGGGAUAUGUAUUUUUUUUGGCAUUUUUUCUGUGGGUGUUUUAGUGUUCAUGAUCAGAUCUAAUGGGUCUUAAUGUUCUUUGCUCCAAGCUGUUUUAUUUCUUACUAGAAAACACUCUGCCCUUUGUUGUAUUUUCUCACCUUUAUUUUUCAGGGAAUCUGGAUUUCAUAGUUUUGAUUGAUUUUUUUUUUGUUCCAAUCCGAAAUGGAAUCAAGUUUUCCAUUAAUUUACACAAGUCUACUGUCCUAACUUGCUGUCCUGCCCUUUGUUUUAACUUUUCUGAUUUUCUGAUAUACCUCAUCAUGAUUGAUGAAAUUACGUCUGAUCUCUCCGUAGCUUAAGAACUCAUUUUAUGAUUUUAGUUAUAGUUGAUUUUUUUCUCUUAUUUUUCGUUUUAUUUCAUUUUAAUUUUCAAUAGAAAUGGAAGGAAUCCUUUUAUAUAUGAGAUUUCAGCCCAAGUUUAGGUUGGUUUUCAUGCUCUGUCUGAUGGUGGGUAGGGUAGGUGAAAUUGAGAUCUGGGCUUUUCCAAGUUAGGGGAAUAUAAUAAUGCCUUUGAGUCGUUGUUCUUCCCAUUUGUCUAUUUACCACUGCAAAUAAAGUUUUUUUUUUCUUUUGGGGUCACAAUUGCAGCACGUUGAACUUUUAAGUUUAGAAUCAUAGAAUUGAAGCACUUGUUCUACCAAUAUUAGUUUUUUUUUUUUUUUUGUUCUUGUGAUUGGAUUUGGGAUGUUUCCAAGCAGUACCAGGGUGCUGCUGCAGGCCUGCAAAAGUGUAGUCAAAAGAGGUGAUUACCGGUUCCAUCAAAAUGGAAGUUAUUGGGGGCUAAAACUGCUGAAUUUUAUGGCCUUCGCAGAUAUUUGGGCGAUGUGUGGGCAAAGGAACGGGUAUACAGGUGUGCAAAGAACUUUACAUAGUGCAAUACGAAUUAACUACUCAAAGAGCAAGGGCUCUGGCAUGGAAUAUGAAUCAGACUGGAUGAAGCAUAGAGUAUCCUCAGCAUUCACAGCUCAAGUGAUCCGUUCUGCAACAUCGCUUAUGCCUUGGUGUUGUAAAAUCCCUAUAGGUGAUGGGUUUCAUGAGUUUCUUUAAUUAGUUUACUAGUAUUUAGAAAUAUUGACACAUUCUUCGGGAGAUAUAUUUGUACUGAAUACGAGAAUCAUCUAGAAAAUGCCUGGUUUUGUGAGAGGAAAAAAGAGAAUCACAGAACCCAGUAUGUGUCUCACCUCCCCGGUUAAGCAAGAUAUACUGAUACAUUCAAAAGGCAAUCCUCAUUCAUCUGCUCAGGCCAGUGACGAAUUACAAAGCCCUCUGCUUCCAGGGCUUCCAGAUGAUGUUGCCAAGUAUUGCCUUGCUCUUGUUCCUCGUUCCAGCUUCCCUGCCAUGGGUGGUGUAUGCAAGAGAUGGAGGUCUUUCAUCCAAAGCAAAGAAUUCUUAACAGAGCGAAGAAUAGCUGGAAUGAUUGAAGAGUGGCUUUAUGUUCUAACAAUGGAUUCUGAAGGGAAGAAAAGCCACUGGGAGGUUUUGGAUUCUUUGGGACAGAAACAUCAGCUACUUCCACCAAUGCCUGGUCCUGCAAGAGUUGGGUUUGGGAUAGCUGUCCUAAAUGGAAAGCUUCUUGUCAUGGCAGGCUAUUCAUUGAUCAAUGGGACUGCCUCUGUCUCAGCAGAUGUUUAUCAAUAUGAUUCUUUCCUCAACAGCUGGAGCAAAUUACCUGACUUGAAUAUUGCACGCUAUGAUUUUGCUUGUGCGGAGGUAAAUGGCAUGGUUUAUGUUGCUGGAGGCUAUGGGAUUGAAGGUGAGAGCCUCUCCACUGCAGAGGUGUAUGACCCCGACACCGAUAAGUGGACCCUUAUUGAAAGCCUACGCCGACCACGCAGGGGUUGUUUUGCUUGUGGAUUGAAUGGAAAACUUUACGUCUUGGGUGGAAGGUCAAGCUUCACUAUUGGACACUCAAGGUUUAUGGAUGUGUACAACCCUGAGAAGCACACUUGGUGUGAGAUGAAGAAUGGUUGUGUCAUGGUCACUGCUCAUGCUGUGCUGGAGAAGAAGCUUUUCUGCAUGGAGUGGAAGAACCAGCGGAAGCUGGCAAUAUUCAACCCGGAUGACAAUUCCUGGAAGAUGGUUCAUGUUCCUUUGACAGGGAGCACAAGCAUAGGGUUUCGUUUCGGUAUACUGGAUGGGAAACUUUUACUAUUCUCAGUGGAAGGAGACCCUGGUUACAAUACCCUUUUGUAUGAUCCAAAUGCAGCCCCUGGAUCAGAAUGGCAGACUUCUGAUAUAAAACCUUCUGGUUUGUGCCUAUGCAGUGUGACAAUCAAAGCUUGAAAGAAGUAUUGCCUAGUAGUUAAGGAUCUCCAUUAAGUCUAGAAUUUCUUUGUGCAUUUGCUAGACAUUUUCUCGUUAAGUUUCAUUUGACUGUAUUGUCAUAUGGCAAUUACUUUGUAUGAGACAAUGAACACGUCUGGUUCCAAAACUUUCUUUCUGUUGAAUUA